CUCUCUUCAGAGCGCUUCUCUCCAAAACCCCCCGGCUGUCGUCCGUCAUCGAGUUUUCCUGUCCGACCAGAGAGACUUGUUUCUCUGCGCACAUUCUUUUGGAAACCUCCUUUCUUUUCUGAAUACCGCUCCUUCGCAUAUCGGCUUCCUAUCCGCAUUCUUUCGCCCCGUCGAAUCUCGGUCCCUUCCGCCUGUCAUUUCAAUUCGUGUACAGCACUAUAUUCGGAACGAACGCGCGACCGGGUUGCCGUCAAUCGAUCGAAUUGAUUAGAUAUAUUGUCAUUUCCGCGAUCUAUACAAGAUGAAGUACUCUUUCGCCCUCACCCUGGCCACCGCUGGGUCCAUGGCUGCUGCCGCCCAGCACCAGCACGGUCACCACCACCAACACAGCAAGCGUGAAGUCGUCACGGUUGAUGGUCCCACUGUCGUCAAAUACAUGCUUGAUAACCAACUCAUCAGCGCCGAGAAAGUGUGCGAGGGUAUCACCGACGGCACCUUGGCCUGGGCUAACGGCCAGCCUCCUUCUGAUCCUUGCCAGGCUUCCUCGACCACCAGCACUGAAGCCUACACCCCUACUGCUACCGCUGCGAAGUUCAUUGAGACUGAGGCCUCUUCCUCUACUGCGACCUCUACAUCCACUACCGUGAGCGUGCCCUCGAGCACCACUUCUCAGCCGGCCGCCAGCUCCUCCAGUGCUUCCACUGCCACUGGAUUGGAUGCUCCCUUCCCCGAUGGUGAGCUUGACUGCAGCACUUUCCCCUCGGACUACGGUGCCGUGCCUCUCGACUACCUUGGUCUUGACGGCUGGUCUGGUAUCCAGUAUGUGACCCUGGUUGGCGAGAUUAUAAGCGACAUCAUCACCGCCGUCACCGGUGACAGCUGCACUAGCGGAGCCAUGUGCUCGUACGCUUGCCCACCUGGUUACCAGAAGUCUCAGUGGCCCUCUACCCAGGGCUCCACUGGCCAGUCCGUUGGUGGUCUUCAGUGCAAGUUCGGCAAGCUGUACCUGACCAACCCUGACCUUUCCGACAAGCUUUGCAUUAAGGGUGUUGGUGGUGUCAAGGCCAAGAACACUCUGAGCGACCACGUUGCUGUGUGCCGUACUGACUAUCCUGGAACCGAAUCUGAGACUAUCCCCAUCAGCCUUAACAGUGGCGAGACCAAGGAAGUGACUUGCCCUGAUGGUGCCACCUACUACAAGUGGGAGGGCAAGACCACUUCUGCUCAGUACUAUGUCAACCCUGCCGGUACCUCGCAGGAGGAGGGUUGCCAAUGGGGUGAUGGCAGCAAGCCCAUCGGCAACUGGGCCCCGAUCAACCUUGGUGUUGGCGAGAACAACGGCAAAUGGCUUUCUAUCUUCCAGAACUCUCCCACCACCACCGAGAAGCUCGACUUUAACAUCAAGAUCCAGGGUGACAACCUUAGCGGUUCCUGCAAAUACGAAGAUGGCUCCUUCAUCUCUGACACUGGCUCCAACGACUCUGGCUGCACGGUGCAAGUUAUGUCCGGUGACGCUACCUUCGUCUUCUACUAGACUGGUUGAGGGCCCGUUCUCGUUAUCGGUGCGCUCAGUGUUGGAUGACCCUAUACGUUCAGGCAAACCUGCAAAUAGAAUACCUUUCGUGCCUGUUCGCUAUUGAUUAUGUCCGCCUUCAUCUUGCAUUCUUGUAUCUUAGUAUAUUGUCCCAUAUGAUUUGAAACCGUUAUUGCUCAUUUUCUCUCCCAUUCUCUCUCCGCGGGGCUUGGGGUGUAUGUGCUUAAUU